AUGCCGUUAAAAUGGUCCAUUGUUGGAAAUCACGAAUACUCUGGCAGAGGACACGGAACUAGGUACGUUCCACAAGGUCUCCCUGAAGCUCCGACCAAGUUGCGAAAACAUGGUCGAACCAACACUGUAAAGUUAAAGGAGUCUGCGACCAAACAGACGGCCACACCAGCUCGAGCAUUUCUGGUAAGUGGGCCGGAAACAGAACGACCGUCUGGGGGUGAAUUUCAAUGCAGCCCAGCCGUACUGGAACCGACUAGACGCAACGAAUUCAACCUCGCGCCUCAAUCUCAUCCUGACUCAUCCCGACGCCCGCUCACCCACCGGUUAGUCGGGCCCUGCAACAGUUACUAUGUCUACUCUACUUUGUCCACUUAUGCAUAG